AUGGCCAUGGGCAAUGCUACAACAGUAUUUGACUUUCUCCUUAUUGGAAUCUCUAACUAUCCAGAGUGGAGAGUCACAUUUUUCACAUUGGUGCUGAUAACUUACCUCAGCACACUAUUGGGGAAUGGACUUAUCAUCUUUCUUAUCCACAUUGACUCCCACCUCCACACUCCAAUGUACUUCUUCCUUAGUAAUCUGUCUUUCUUAGACCUUUGCUGUGGAACAGUCUCCAUGCCCCAGGCUUUGGUGCAUUGUUUCUCUACCCAUCCCUACCUCUUUUACCCACGAUGUUUGACCCAAAUAAGUGUCUCCUUGGUCUUGGCCACAGCAGAGUGCCUUGAUCGUGGGGUUGCUAUCAGCAACCCCCUGCAUUAUUAUGUAGUUAUGAAUGGCUCAGUGUGUGUCUGGCUGGCUGCUACCUCAUGGGCAUCACUUGUGCUCACUACCAUGCUCAUCUUAUCCCUGCAGCUUCAUUUCUGUGGGGCUAAUGUCAUCCACCAUUUUGUCUGUGAGAUUCUCUCCCUUCUUAAGCUGGCUUAUUCUGAUACCAGCCUCAAUGAGCUUAUGAUCCUCAUCACAGGUAUUUUCACCCUGCUCCUACCCUUUGGGUUUGUUCUCCUCUCCUAUGUCCGAAUAGCCACUGCUGUCCUAAGGAUUCGCUCAGCCCAGGGUAGGCUCAAGGCCUUUUCUACUUGUGGUUCUUAUUUGACUGUGGUGGCAGUCUUCUAUGGGGCAGCCAUUUCCAUGUAUAUGAAACCACAGUCCAAGUUAUCCCCUGACCAGGACAAGUUUAUCUCAGUGUUUUAUGGGGCUUUGACACCCAUGCUGAACCCCCUAACAUAUAGCCUGAGGAAUAAGGAUAUUAAAGGGGCAAUGAGGAAAGUUACGGCAAAAAAAGGCAUAAGCCUUCUUUGCUUCUAA